UCAGAAAAAAUCCGGGGGUGCACGGAAAUCGUCUCUGCUGUGGCAGUAGAGCACCGUGUCGAUCCAAUACGAGCCUGCCUUGCACUGCAGCAUACACGAGACACACAUACACACACACACACCCCCGUGAACAAGAAGCAUCCAACAUCAAAGACUGAGACAUUCUCACGGCGCAGAUGCGUGCGAUUGUGUCCUCUCCGUGAGCGAGCAGUCUGCCAAUGAGGUCGGACCUGUCGGCGGGCGUCAUCUUUUCUGUAUAUAUGGCACCACACAGGACAGCACAGCACACACAAGGUGCAACAUGGACGUGGAUGCAAACUCAUUUGGGUGUGAUGUGGGGGCUGACCGAAUGCGUCUUGCAUGCAGUAGAUGCCGGCCACGUCGCUGCAGAUGCUGACGAUCAUCUCCGCCAACGGCUGACAAGACAAGGCGCACACCCACACAUAUGCUCCUUUUGGCUCUCCCGUCCGUCUGUCUGUCUGUCUGACCCCAUCCACCUCACCUGCUGCUGGAAGUCGGCGCGUCUCAUCCUCUCCUGGCUGUCUAUGCCUGACGUGAGUCGCGGGCUGAGGAGGGUCUUGCGUAUCAUGGCGGGCGAGGUCAGUGGGCUGCGGAUGACCUCACGCACCAAGUAGUGGAAAUGUCGAUGACGCUGCAUAACCCGACACAGACACAGCCAUACAGAGAGGGACGGCGGCGGCCAUGUCGAAAUGUCUGUCUAUGGUUUACCGAGAGCAUGGCGAACAGAGGUGGGUCCACCCGGACUCCGAAGAUAGAAUGUAGGAAGCGAUAUAUCCCUCGGGCGGGGAGGGCUGGUGUCUGUGACCUCGAGGCAGUCGUCAU